AUGUCUGGUCGAAAUGAUAGUGAAUUCAACGCCAGCAGAAAUUUACCGGCUCUUUACCAGCCUUCACCAAUGACGUCAAUUUCACCAAGGAGUCAAAUCAGUUCAGCCGAGGCCAAUAACGUCGUUCGUGAAUUUGAAUCCAAAUUGAAUGCUGAUUAUUCUGAUAAAAUCACAUGUCCAAAUUCCAUUUCACCUGUUCCAGCUGAUAUUGAAACAAAAGCAAAUGAAUGGGUGAAGGCGAAAUCAUAUGAAGAUCGCUGUUUUGGUCAUUAUAUGAGAGCAAUAGCACAGCCAAAAACAUAA